AUGACUCGGCUUUGGCUUUGGCUUUGUCCGGUCAAAAGUCAGAGACGAUUUGUGGUCUUGGAGCGCACGUUUCUGAGAGCACUAAUUGGAGCGCACGUUCUGGUUUGGGAUGCUUUAAAGAAGAAGUAUGAUACUGAGGAAGCUGAAGCCAAGAAGUAUGUUGUUAGCCGCUACCUCAAAUAUCAGAUGACAAAUGACAGAUCAGUGGAAACUCAGUCUCAUGAAAUCCAGAAAAUAGCUCACGAGAUCAUCACUGAAGCCAAGAAGUAUGUUGUUAGCCGCUACCUCAAAUAUCAGAUGACAAAUGACAGAUCAGUGGAAACUCAGUCUCAUGAAAUCCAGAAAAUAGCUCACGAGAUCAUCACUGAAGAAAGUCUGAUAACCCGCCUUAGAAUUGAGGAGGAAUCUCGCAAGCUAGACCAGAAAGAUGAAAUUCUUCUUGUGGCAAAUAACAAGAAAAAGAAGUUCAUCAGAGCAGUUCUGAAGCCAAACGGAAAACAACUGAAGAAUCAGAACCACACUUCAAAGAACAGCAACAGGAAUGGGAACCAUCAAAGGGUCCCAAUUGCUAGGCAGCCACCACCUCCUAGAAAUGGCCCUCUCCCCUUUCUUUGUUACUAUUGUGGGAAAAAGGGUCAUAUGGCACGCAAGUGUAGGAACAAGCCAGACACUGUAAAUCAGGCCAACUUGACUGAAGAGCAAUUCGUUGCAAUGAUAACUGAGAUCAACCUCGUUGAUAAUAAAGUGCUGUUGGGAGACUCUCACACCACUAAUGUUGCUGGAAUUGGAGAUGUGGAACUAACAUUCACAUCUGGAAAGACCUUAAUUCUGAAGGAUGUCAUGCACACUCCAGAAAUAAGAAAGAAUCUGGUCUCAGGAAAUAGUGGGGGCAGCAGACCAAGUCAAGUUCUUGUGACAACGAGCACUGAAAGCAACAAACUAGACGAAACGGAAACUCGAAGGAGUAAGAGAGUAAGAGUUGCUAAAGAUUAUGGACCAGAAUACAUGACCUACAACUUAGAAGAGGAUCCUGGGAGCAUUAAAGAAGCUUUGUCAUCCUUAGAUGCAGAUCUAUGGCAAAAAGCUAUAAACGAUGAAAUGGAUUCACUAGAAUCUAACAAGACCUGA